GUCAUGUGACCAGGCGGUUUGUUUUGGGCUCUGCAGUGAGUUAGAAUGAGCAGAAAAACAAACACUUUCUUAUAUUUAUUCAUUUCUUUAUGUGUAUUUCUCUGUUCGGGUGAUAAGACCUACAUGUUAGAUGAUAGUGCUGGGUUUGGACGGACGUUUGACGGUAUCGGCGGUUUGAGUGGUGGAGGGGCAACGUCUCGCCUGCUCGUUAACUACGCAGAACCGUACAGGAGUCAAAUCCUGGAUUACCUUUUCAAGCCCAACUUUGGAGCUUCUUUACAAAUCCUAAAAGUUGAAAUUGGAGGUGAUGCACAGACAACAGAUGGUACCGAACCGUCCCACAUGCACAAUCCGAACGAUGAGAAUUAUUUUAGGGGAUACGAGUGGUGGCUGAUGAGAGAGGCGAAGAAGAGGAAUCCGAACAUCACACUGAUAGGCUUGCCAUGGGCGUUUCCUGGGUGGGUGGGACUUGGGGACAACUGGCCCUAUCGCCAUCCUGAUGUCACUGCGUAUUACGUUGUGUCCUGGAUUACUGGCGCGAAGAAGUACCAUGACCUGGACAUCGAUUAUGUUGGGAUAUGGAAUGAAAGAAGUUUUAACAGCAAGUAUAUAAAGAUCCUGCGCUACACUCUGGAUAAGUACGGUCUGGAGAAAGUCAAAAUCAUCGCCAGUGACAACUUGUGGGAGCCGAUAACUCUCUUUCUCAUACUGGAUCCUGAACUCCGGAGCGCGGUGGAUGUGCUUGGGGCUCACUAUCCUGGAACAGUCACCGUAGUCGAAGCAUUGGCCUUGAAAAAGCAGCUGUGGUCUUCUGAAGAUUACAGCACCUUUAACGACGAUGUAGGAGGAGGCUGCUGGGCGCGAAUCCUCAACCGGAACUACGUCAACGGCAGGAUGUCUGCCACCAUUUCCUGGAACCUGGUGGCCAGUUACUAUCAGGACCUUCCGUUUGGAAGAGAUGGCCUGAUGACUGCUCAAGAGCCGUGGAGUGGAAAUUACGUUGUGGAAGCCCCCAUUUGGAUAACAGCUCACACCACUCAGUUUACUCAGCCUGGAUGGAAAUAUCUGCAGACUGUAGGCCACCUGGAGUACGGAGGGACUUACGUCGCUUUGACGGAUCAGAAAGGAAACCUGACUGUAGUUAUAGAGACCAUGACUCAUGAUCAUUCCGUUUGCAUUCGACCUCCUCUACCUCACUACACCGUCACACCACAGACGGCCACGUUCUCUUUAAAGGGAUCAUUUGCAUCAGUUCAUGAACUGCAAGUGUGGCACUCGAAGUUUGAUUUCAAGACCAAAAAGCCGCUCUUCUUCCAAAAACUCAAUCCUGUAAAGGUGUCUAAUGGGACCUUCAGCCUUGACCUUGAUGUGGAUGAAGUGUACACAGUCACCACCAUUAUCACUGGAUAUAAAGGGAGUUACCCGGAACCUCCUCCCUCCGCUCCCUUCCCUAAAAAAUACACAGAUGACUUCAAUGUCAAAAACCCAGACUUUUCAGAGGCGCCUUACUUUGCUGAUCAGACCGGUGUGUUCGAAUACUUUAUGAACCUGACGGACGCCGGCGCUCACGUUUACACGCUGCGUCAGGUGGUCACACAGCGGCCGAUCACGUGGGUAGCAGAUGCAGACCAAACCAUCAGCGUCAUCGGAGAUUACAAUUGGCAGAAUCUGAGCGUCUCGUGUGACGUGUACAUGGAGAAAGAGUACAGCGGAGGUGUGUUUGUUGCAGCACGAGUGGAUAAAGGUGGAGGAUCGAUCAGGAGCGCACGGGGAAUCUUCUUCUGGGUGUUCGCUGAUGGAACGUACAAAGUCACCAAUGACCUCAGUGGAAGCAGCAUCCUGGCUGAGGGACAGUCCGGGACUAGAGCUCGUGUCUGGUACAAACUCACUCUUACGGUCCAGGGUUAUUAUGUUUUUGGAGAGCUGAACGGUUACGUGCUGUGGAAGGACGCGAUCGUUUUGACACCGAAACAUGGAUGGGCGGCCAUCGGCACGAGUUCAUUCGAGCUGGCUCAGUUUGAUAACUUUGCAGUACAGGCAGAGUAACAGCACAGACUGGCCUUUAUCUCCUGCGAAGAUGAAUAACAGAAGGAUUUCUGGGCUUUAAACACUGACACACUGACAUUUUCUGUAAGGUUGGCUUUAAAAAAACAAAACUCCUAUUGUGCUAAAGCAUAGCACGGUGAGUGAGGAGAGUAAAAAUUGCACUGAUAUACAGGGUGUCCAUGAGACUCCCUUUAACUCCUGAAAUAUCUAAAUAAGUAUGAAAUUAUCUUGAAUGUACAUUUACAGUCUUCAACCUUUGUUUCAGUUUCAUGUGAGUGAAGGUAACAUUGGAUCAACACCACGAUGAGUAAACUUUAGGUCAGCAUUAGGAAUAACCAAAUUUAAGCACCUUCUUUUAUUGAUUCAAACAACAUUCACUGCACAAAAAUGAAGGGGGCCAAAACAAAUGAAAUGAAAAAAUCUUUCAUGUGCAGCUAAGAGCAUUGUUGAUUUGUAGAAAACAAGGCAGAACAUGAAUAACUUUAAAUAAAUGCUGUGAUUCUA